CUGCGCCCCCUCACACCCCCCACCCUUGCACCUUUAAGGCAAUGGAGAGGGACAAAAGCGUCUGCGGAGAAGGAGCCGAGGCUUUGCUCCACAGCCCUGAGAGGCAGGGCAGCUUGUGAGCGCAGGGACCAGCGCGCAGUGUGUGUGUGCGGCUGCAGGGAGAAGAUGCGUGUGCUUGUUGCUCGCCGGACGGAGAGAGGCGGCGAAGAGAGGAUGACUUUCCAGCGAAGCUAACAAUCAACUCCAUGCGCUUUUUUUUUUAACAAUCAAAUCCACGAACAAAAUUCCAACUUUCACGCAUUUUUUUCCCUCCCUCCAUAUAGCUGAUGUGACACACUUUGGCCUUUUCCGUGUAGACUUUUACAUUUUUUUUAUACUUUAUUGAUUUUUUUUUUUUCAUUUUGGAAUCAUUUUGUUAAGUGUCUUUUUUUUGUUUGUUUGUUUUGUUUUCAAUUCUUUCCGGGUGGAGUUCGGCAUAUGCAAUUUGUUCUAUGCGCGGCCAGCAUCUGACUCCAGCUCACCUGGACCGGAGCGCACCGAGCCGACAACCCUCCUGUUCCCCGCAGCGCUGCGCUCCGGUGCGGGGGGACGGCUCCACUGAGGCCCGGCGCUCAGGACCGGUGCGGUGCGGUGCGGUGCGGUCAGUCAAAGAAAAUAAAAAAAAACUAAAAAAAAACCGGAGGAGACGCACCGCUGUGGAUCAUAUAGCCUACUCUCUCCCGCGGUACCAGGAGACAAUCAGCAGUAGGAAGAAGCUCAAACCUCCUCCUCUUCAUCUUUUUUUUCCCCAACGUGCAGGAUUGAAAGAGAGAGAGGGAGAGAGAGGCGAAAGAGAGAGAGGGAGAGAGAGAGAGAGAGGGAAAGAGAUUUGCAAGCUCCAUUUUCUUGCAUUGCAUGGGACUAGUUGGGGAAAUAAAAGAAGACAUAAUAAGAAGAAAGAGUGCUGGGAGAGAAGAAGAAAAAGCAUAAUAUUGGAUAUUGAACGGAGCGGGGCAUGUGGAUAUUGGCUCUUAUCUUUUCUCAGUGCAUCUUGAAUGUUUUCUGUGAAGAUCUACGUUCCAGCUUAUAUUUUGUCAAUGCAUCUGUGCAAGAGGUAGUGUUUGCCAGCACCACAGGGACACUGGUGCCCUGUCCCGCUGCAGGCGUGCCCCCUGUCUCACUUCGCUGGUAUCUGGCCACCGGCGAGGAGAUCUAUGAUGUGCCUGGGAUCCGCCAUGUGCACCCCAAUGGCACCCUUCAGAUCUUCCACAUCCCCCCUUCCAGCUUCAGCAAGCUCAUCCAUGACAACACUUACUAUUGCACAGCGGAGAACCCCUCAGGGAGAAUCAGGAGCCAAGAUGUCCACAUUAAGGCUGUCCUACGAGAGCCGUACACUGUCCGGGUGGAGGACCAGAAAGCCAUGAGAGGCAAUGUAGCGGUCUUCAAGUGCAUUAUCCCUGCCUCAGUGGAGGCCUACAUCACUGUUGUGUCCUGGGAGAAAGACACAAUGUCAAUCAAUGCUGAAAUGUCACGGUUUCUCAUUACAUCCACGGGGGCUCUGUAUAUCCUGGAUGUGCAAAUGGAAGACGGGUUGUACAACUACAGGUGUAUGACACGACAUCGAUACACAGGGGAGACCCGACAGAGCAACAGUGCCCGUCUCAUUGUCUCAGAUCCAACCAACUCAGCGCCACACAUUCUGGACAGCUUUGAGCGACGGGAAGUCAUGUCGUCUCAUCGAGUGGAGCUCCCCUGCAAGGCCUCUGGUCACCCCACACCCAAAUACCGCUGGUUGAAGGACAACCGGCCGCUGGAGCCAGACUCGCGCUUCAGACAGAGUGUGACAGGUCUCCUGAUAGAACGAGCUCAUUCCAGUGACACGGGGACGUAUGUGUGUGAGGUGUGGAACGGCUACGGCAAUGCUGAGGUGGUUGGCAGAGUGCAUGUAAAAGAGUCCCUGAAGGUCACUGUGAGUCCAAGGAAGGUGAAAGGCAGCGUGGGAAGUCAGGUUUCACUUUCCUGUGGUGUAUCGGGCUCUGAGGAAUACCAGUUGUCUUGGUACCGCAACGGAGAGCUCAUCUACCCCAGUAACAGCGUCCGCAUGACCGGCCAAAACCGAGAGAAUCUGGUCAUGGCUGGGAUGGCCAAGAGCGACGGAGGAGCCUAUCAGUGUUUCGCAAGACACGGCAAGAUGUCUGCCCAGGACUUUGUUCAAGUCAUACUUGAAGAUGGGACCCCCAAGAUUCUGGCUUCAUUCAGCGAGAAGGUCUACAACAUCAAUGAGUUUGUGUCGCUGUCGUGCACUGUAAAAGGAACACCGGAGCCCCGUGUGACGUGGACUCUGGACGACGAACCCGUGAUUCGGGACAGCCGGCACCGCAUAUCCUACUACAGCAACGCAGAGGGCCACGUUGUCAGCCACCUCAACAUCAGCCAGACGCAGGUUCCUGACGGAGGGGUGUACCGCUGCAUCUGCAACAACUCGGCCGGGAGAGUUUCCUACCAGGCGCGAAUAAACGUAAGAGGGCCUGCCAGCAUCAGACCAAUGAAGAACCUCACUGCCAUCGCUGGGCGGGACACAUACAUCCACUGCCGUGUCAUUGGCUACCCCUACUACUCCAUCAAGUGGUACAAGGACUCCAAUCUGCUGCCGUACAACCACAGGCAGAGGGCCUUCGAGAACGGGACGCUCAAGCUGUUUGAUGUGCAGAAGGAUGUGGACGAAGGAGAGUACACGUGCAAUGUGCUGGUGCAGCCACAGUUGUCCACUCACCAAAGUGUCUAUAUUACUGUGAAAGUCCCACCAACCAUCCAUCCAUUUGAGUUCCCUCGGUUUUCCAUCGGCCAGCGAGUGUUCAUCCCCUGUGUGGUCAUGUCGGGCGACCAGCCCGUGUUCAUCACGUGGCAGAAGGACGGCCGCCCAAUCCCUGUCAGCCUGGGUGUCACCAUAGACAACAUAGACUUUACCAGCUCCCUGCGUAUCUCCAACCUCACCCUGAUGCACAAUGGCAACUAUACCUGCAUUGCGCGCAACCAAGCCGCCGCUGUGGAGCACCAGAGUCAACUCAUCGUCCGAGUCCCUCCCAAAUUUGUGGUCCAACCUAAAGACCAGGAUGGCAUAUAUGGAAAGUCGGUGAUACUAAACUGCUCUGCUGAAGGCUAUCCAGUUCCCACCAUCCAGUGGGAAUACUCAAAAGGCGCUGGUGUCCCUCAGUUCAACCCUAUCGCCCUCAACUCGGGUUUUCGCAUCGAAGGCCUGGUGAAUGGCUCGCUGCUCAUCAAGCAUGUGCUGGAGGAGGACAGCGGCUUCUACCUGUGUAGAGUCAGCAAUGAUGUGGGGGCUGAUGUCAGCAAGUCUAUGUAUCUGAAUGUCAAAAUCCCUGCCAUGAUCACAUCCUACCCCAACACCACGCUGGCCACACAAGGGGAAGAGAAGAAGAUGAGCUGCACGGCCCACGGUGAGAAGCCCAUCAUGGUCCGCUGGGAGAAGGAGGAACGCAUAAUCAACCCCGAGACCAGCCGCUACGUGGUCUCUGUCAAGGAGGUGGGCGAUGAAGUCAUCUCCACCCUGCAGAUCAUGCCGACAGUGAGGGAGGACUCCGGCUUCUUCUCCUGCCAUGCCAUCAACUCCUUUGGUGAAGACCGAGGAAUCAUACAGCUCACAGUACAAGAGCCACCAGAUCCUCCGGAGGUCGAGAUCAGAGAAGUCAAGGACCGAACCAUUGCACUGCGUUGGACUAUGGGUUUCGAUGGGAACAGCCCAAUCACAGGCUUUGAUAUUGAGAGCAAAAACAAAUCAGCCUCUUGGGAUACUGCUCAGAAGACCAAAGAUGUCUCACCUCAGCUCAACCAGGCCACCAUCAUCGACCUGCACCCCUCCUCCACCUAUAACAUACGCAUGUUUGCCAAGAACCUCAUCGGGAAGAGCGAGGCCAGUAAUGAGCUCACCAUCACCACCGACGAAGCAGCUCCUGACGGACCACCUCAGGAAGUGCAGCUGGAAGCUCUUUCCUCUCAGAGCAUCCGAGUCACCUGGAGGGCACCCAAGAAGCACCUCCAGAACGGGGCCAUCAAAGGCUACCAAGUGGGCUACAGGGAGUACAGCUCAGGGGGGAAUUACCAGUUCAGCGUGAUCAGCUUGGAAACUACUGGGGACAAUGCAGAAAGCCUUGUGUUGGACAACCUGAGGAAGUUCACCCAGUAUGGAGUGGUGGUGCAAGCCAGCAACAGUGCGGGGACAGGGCCGUCCUCCACUGAGGUCGCUGCCACCACGCUGGAGGAUGUGCCCAGUCGUCCUCCAGAGAACGUCCAGGCCAUUGCCACGUCUCCAGAGGUCAUCUCAUUGUCCUGGCUGACGCCUCCGAAAGACGCCCUGAACGGCAACCUGCUGGGCUUCAGGGUCAUCUACUGGGCCAACCUGCCCGAUGGAGAGCUUGGCGAGAUCAGGAACGUGACAACUUCAAAGCCCUCUCUUGAGUUGGAUGGGUUGGAGAAGUACACCAACUACAGCAUCCAGGUGUUGACCUUCACCAGAGCCGGAGAUGGAGUUCGCAGCGAACAGAUUUACACCCGCACCAAAGAAGACGUUCCUGGUCCUCCAGCAGGAGUGAAAGCAGCAGCUGCAUCCAACUCAGUGGUGUUUGUGUCCUGGCUUCCUCCUCUCAAAGUGAAUGGCAUCAUCAGGAAAUACACUGUUUUCUGCUCCAACCCACAUCCUACCGUGAGCAGUGAGUUUGAAGCUGCACCUGACGUUUUCUUCUAUCGCAUCCCCAACCUGAGCAGGAACAGGCAGUACAGUAUCUGGGUGGUGGCUGUGACCGCUGCCGGCCGUGGAAACACCAGUGAAAUCAUCACUGUUAAACCCAUGGCUGAGGCUCCAGCUCGAAUCCUGACCUUCAACAGGACAGUAACAACUCCCUGGAUGAGGGACAUCGUGCUGCCUUGUAAGGCUGUCGGUGACCCGUCCCCAACCAUCAAGUGGCUGAAGGAGAUCAAUGGAACCCCUGCACCCGUUGUGAUCGACAGUCGGCGCAGUGUACAUGGAAAUGGUAGCCUCGUCAUCCGCACAGUGAAAGCUGAGGAUUCUGGGAACUACACCUGUGUGGCCAGUAAUAGUUUUGGAUCGGAUAAGAUCAUCCUGAAUCUGCAGGUUCAAGUUCCUCCAGAUCAGCCUCGUCUCACUGUGACCAAAACGACCACCACCUCAAUCACCCUGUCCUGGAUCCCAGGAGAUAAUGGAGGCAGCUCCAUCAGAGGCUACAUUUUGCAGUACUCAGAGGACAACAGCGAGCAGUGGGGUAACUUUGCCAUCAGUCCCAGUGAGCGCUCUUAUCGGCUGGAGAACCUCAAGUGCGGUACCUGGUACAAGUUCACGCUUACUGCCCAGAAUGCAGUGGGUCCUGGACGCAUCAGUGAGAUCAUUGAAGCAAAGACUCAUGGGAAAGAACCUCAGUACGCUAAAGAACAAGAGCUCUUUACCAGCAUCAACGCCACUCGGGUCAAGCUCAAUCUAAAUGGCUGGAAUAAUGGUGGAUGCCCAAUCACCUCCUUCACCCUGGAGUACCGGCCCGUGGAGUCCCCCAGCUGGACCACAGCCCAGCGCACCUCCCUCACCAAGAGUUACAUCCUGUACGACCUGCAGGAGGCCACCUGGUACGAGCUGCAGAUGAAAAUCUACAACAGUGCCGGCUACGCUGAGAAGAGAGUCAAGUUUGCAACGCUCAGCUAUGACGGCAGCACCAUUGCACCCCUGGUUAAAGCCCCCAACGUGAGCGUGGUCGUGAAGUCUGGAGAAGGUUUGAAGAUGAUGGUGACCAUUUCCUGUGUGCUGGUGGGCAUCGUUGUCAUCUUCAUCGGCCUGCUGGUGCUGAGGCGGAGGAGGAGGGAGCAGAGGCUCAAGAGGCUGCGAGAUGCAAAAAGCUUGGCUGAGAUGCUCAUGAGCAAAAACACUCGUCCUGCAGAGCCAAUCAACAAACAGCAACAGACGCUGCGCAUGCACAUUGACAUCCCCAGAGCCCAGCUUCUCAUCGAGGAGAGGGACACCAUGGAGACUGUUGAUGACAGAUCCACUGUGUUACUGACCGACAACGACUUUGGGGAGACCCAGAAGCAGAAGUCUUCAACAGUCACCCACACUGUCCACUACCAGUCCCUCUCCCAGGCUACCGGUCCACUCGUAGACGUAUCUGAUGCCAGACCAGGAACCAGUAAGUCCAACCCGACCGCCCGCCGCACAGCCAAGGCCGGCCCGGCUGCUCGCAACCGCUACGCCAGCCAGUGGACCCUGAACCGCCCACACCCCCCGGUCUCCUCUCACACCCUCAGCACGGACUGGAGGCUGCCCACGCCCAGAGUGGCAGGUUCUGUCGACAAGGAGAGUGACAGCUACAGUGUCAGCCCAUCUCAGGACACAGACCGAGCGCGGAGCAGCAUGGUGUCAACAGAGAGCGCCUCCUCCACCUACGAAGAGCUGGCCAGAGCCUACGAACAUGCAAAGAUGGAGGAACAGCUUCGGCAUGCCAAGUUCACCAUCACCGAAUGCUUCAUCUCUGACACUUCCUCGGAGCAGAUGACAGCAGGCACCAACGACUACACCGACAGCCUGACUUCCAGUACACCGUCCGAAUCAGGCAUCUGCCGCUUUACUGCUUCCCCGCCAAAGCCUCAGGACGUCAGCCGGGUCAUGAACAUGGCCGUGCCCAAGGCCCACAGACCAGGAGGCGAGCUUGUCCACCUUCCUCCAUACCUGCGCAUGGACUUCCUGUUAAACCGAGGCAUGACAUGCUCAGGCACAUCCAGGGGGACAGCGAGUGGGGAGAGAGCAGCCAUGGGUCAGGCCUGCCUCGAGCCCCAGAAAAGUCGCUCGCUGAAGCGGCCGUCCCGCAUGGCCCCCCCAACACCUACAGAGGCCCCUCAGGCCAGCAGGGACCCCGUGGCCCAGUGGCAGCCAGGCUCCGCAGCCACGCUCCCCCACAGAGAGGGCUCGGAGCUGGCCCAGGCCGCCAAGCUCAGCACCUCCCAGGAGUCCCUGCUGGACUCAAGAGGACAUCUCAAACAGACCAGCAACCCCUACGCAAAGUCCUACACGCUGGUAUAACAGCAGGGGCACCUAGGGCGGGACUAGAACUCACUCUACCACUGGACUUAACACUCAAGUGCAGUAAACUGACUUUCACCACACAGUUCUGUAUAUACGUGCCCUCCCUGCAAGGGCAGGGUCACUUUUACUAAUCUCCUUUUAUUUAUUUUAGAGUUUUCUUUUACAUCUUAUUUGUAUUUUUUUGUUUCUUUGUUUCACUUGAGAAAAAAAUUCCCUCAUCAGAAACAAUUCCAGCCAGAGCUUUGCCAAACUAAUUGAGUAACAAGGGAGCAUUAUUUAUUCUUAAUUCUUUAUAGUUAACGAGUGAUUAAUAAUUGUUAGUUAUCAGCUAUUAAUAAUGAAUUAUGGAGUACCAAAUGAGCUAUUAUCACCACAACUACAAUAUUUUCAUAAAAAGCUGGACGUUUUUUGUUUUUUUUUUAAUUAUUAUUUUUGGUUUCCUGCAGUGGAAGAUGACGAUUUGGAGUCAUUUUUUCCUAUGGAAUAUCCUGAAUGAAACCUCGGGAGAAACUUGGAAUGAAAGCAAUUGAUACAACUCGAAACUUUUCAGCUGCUCUCGAAUUGUUACUUUUUUUGAUGAGAAAAAAAAAAAAGAAAAAAAAUCUAUUUCCUAUGGAUGCAUGGGGACUGACCGAUAGACAAUAAGGAUUACGAUCAUGACUGGGCAGUCCAGUCGAGCAUUUUGUCACCAUAUGAAAUGAUCCAAUGUGAAGAUUUAUUAUUCUUAUUACUAUAAAUAUAUAUAUAAAAAGAGAAAUCACUUUUAUUUGUGGAUAUUACAGGGAAGAAUUGAUUUGGUUAAUAAAGUCCUUAGUCAUGUUUGCACAUAUCUUGUUUUAAUUAGGAAAUGGAGUCUCUGUUGAUCUUUCUCUGUGUCCCAUUCUUGAUGGUGCAAUAUGAAAAAAAAAGAUAUGAAUAGUAUAAGAAAAGUACUGAUCUAUACUAUACUGUAAUGAUGAAGAAUAACUAUGUUGUGAGUAUGCUUACUGGACUGGAGGUACUCCAGCUCAUGUAUUCAGGUGUAGUUUACCACUGCUUGUUUGCCAGGUUGGUAAAUGAUGUUAGCUAGAACAGGGAGGGUUUAGAGAACUCAUGGUUUGCACUUCACAACAGCCCUACUCGAGUGUUUCCAAAUAGACCCCCCCUCCCCCCGCCCAAACACAUACACACACGAACACACACACACACGAACGCUCAGUGCACUAGGCAGAGUCCUCGUGGCUCCCACUCUCCUCAGUAGAUUUACUGUUACUGCAUUGCAGUGAUGCUCCUCGACAGGGAAGAAAGAAAAAAAAAAAAACCUGAGACAAUCCAGCAGAAUCCCCUCCUUCAAACCAAACCUAUAAUGUCUAUGGGAAAUGCCUGGGGGGGGAAAUAUGGUAAUACGUAAGGAAGUGUUUUGUUUUGUUAUUUUUAUUCUUUUUUUCUGGUUUUGGUUCCUGUCUGCCCUGGCCCAUUUCUGUUCUUUGUUUCUUUGAGUUAGCCUGAAGGGAGAAGAGUUUGAUCCAAACGCUGUGAGGUCAUACUGUCAGUUUCUACGAUUAGUUUCUAUGAUUGACUGUCUUCAUUCUGAUUAUACAUUUUAACAAAAAAAAAAGAAAAAAAAAAUGUCACUUUUUAUUUUUAACAUGAGUGUUCACCAUGGUGGCACUGGAAUAAAGAGAAACUAACACAAAAGUUCAAAUUUGAUUAAUAAAAAAUGGCUGUUCCCCAAAAUGUUCCCUGCGGCUUUGACGUGAGUGACUGGUGGUGAUGUGGAGGUGAAGCAGCCGCCCGCAGCGCAGGUGGAGGCUCUGCUCUUGGAAGGGACGACUCGCUGAUAUUAGCCGGAGACGACAGAUAUUCACCUUGAUUUCUAUGUGUCAAAGAUGAGACUACAGUUUUACUUUUGUUCUCCUUACCUGUAGGUGGCAGUGUUGUCUUUACCAUCGAUGCUGACACCCACUAUCAGUCCAAGGGUGUAGUCAGAUAGUUUCUAAGCCUCCCAUAGUGUUUUCCCAAGCACUUUUCUUUGACCAUGCUCCAAAAUGGCACGAGGUUCAGGAAGUGUGGUGAGAAAUUGAAAAGGACUUUAGAGAAAGCAGUAGGGCUGAUUAAAUCCUCUGCAAGGAUGCAUAUCUGCAGUGAUGAAACUCUUUUUUAUUUACAGGUUUCAAGGUUGGUGCAAAUGAAUGAAACGAUUGAGCAUUAUUUUACAUGUUGCAGCCACAGACAGCAUUAUGUCUGUCUUAGAUAAAGGUUGCGGGGGUGUUUUUGAUGCUAAAGGAGACAAUAAAGGAAGCAUAUAUGUUCCCUUUAACAAGUUUUACGAGGAGUACCACAGUAUCAGUGAUGCAGCUUAAGAUUGCUAAAAUGAUCCUUCAUCUUUAUAACAUUCUCCAGACAUUUAAAUUU